AUGCCGCGAAUCAUGAUAAAAGGCGGCGUUUGGCGAAACACCGAGGAUGAGAUUCUUAAAGCAGCUGUUAUGAAAUAUGGCAAAAAUCAAUGGUCACGUAUUGCAUCAUUAUUACAUCGUAAAUCAGCCAAACAAUGUAAGGCACGUUGGUUUGAAUGGCUUGAUCCAAGUAUCAAAAAAACUGAAUGGAGUCGAGAGGAAGAUGAAAAGCUUCUACAUCUUGCUAAACUCAUGCCUACACAAUGGCGUACCAUUGCUCCAAUCGUUGGUCGUACAGCUUCACAGUGUUUGGAAAGAUAUGAAUAUUUAUUAGAUCAAGCUCAAAGGAAAGAAGAUGGCGAGGAAGUGGGCGAUGAUCCAAGAAAAUUAAAACCAGGUGAAAUUGAUCCAAAUCCUGAAACAAAACCAGCUCGUCCCGAUCCUAAAGAUAUGGAUGAAGACGAGUUGGAAAUGUUAUCUGAAGCGAGAGCUCGUUUAGCCAACACACAGGGAAAAAAGGCAAAACGUAAAGCUCGUGAGAAGCAAUUAGAAGAAGCAAGAAGACUUGCUGCAUUACAAAAACGGAGGGAAUUGCGUGCUGCUGGUAUAGGUGUUGGAAGAGGCAACAAACGAAAGCGUGGCAUAGACUAUAAUGCUGAAAUACCAUUUGAGAAAAAACCAGCUUUAGGGUUUUAUGAUACUGCCAAUGAAGAUGUUGAUCCACUUGCACCAGAUUUCAGAAAAUUGAGGCAGCAAAAUUUAGAUGGAGAACUACGUGUUGAAAUUGAAGAGAGAGAAAGAAAGAAAGACAAAGCUAAGCUCAAGCAGCGUAAGGAAAAUGAAGUUCCUUUAGCUAUGUUAAAUAAUCAAGAACCUAUUAGAAAAAUGAGUAAACUUGUUCUACCAGAACCACAAAUAUCUGAUCAAGAAUUGCAACAAGUCGUUAAAUUAGGACGAGCCAGUGAAAUGGCACGAGAAAUAGCAAUGGAAAAUGGUCCUCAACAAGCUUCAGAUGCAUUAUUGUCAGAUUAUACCCCUUCAAUUAAUAAUAUUCCUGGCCGCACUCCAAGAACCCCAUCUGUUUCAACUGACAAAGUUUUACAAGACGCUCAAAAUAUUAUGGCUUUAACCCAUGUAGAUACUCCUCUCAAAGGAGGUCUUAAUACAGAAUUGCAAAAUGUUGAUUUCAAUGGUGUCACCCCACAACGACAAUUGAUUACAACACCUAAUACAAUUUUAGGUACUCCACUUUCACAAGUUGCUAGUGAUGGAUUCCAAACUCCGCAAAGUGAUAGAUCACUAGUAAAAGCUGGUAUGCUGACACCUACUCCUCUAAGAGAUCAGUUAAGCAUCAAUCGUUCAGAUUCUAUGGAAGUCGACAUUAUAAAUACACCCCAAGCUAUGAAAAACUACCAACAUCAAGUAAAAGAACAGUUGAAAGCGGGCUUAAGUACAUUGCCAAAUCCAAAAAAUGAUUUUGAAAUAGUUGUGCCUGAGGACCACCCCGAAGACGAAGAAACUGUUGUCCAAAAAGAUUUUGUUGAAGAUCAGUCUGAUGUUGAGAUGCGUAGUGCUGAAGAACUUUUUGCUCGCCGCCAAUUAGAAAUGAAGUUGCGAUCUCAAGUAAUCCAACGAUGUUUACCUCGCCCACCAGAUACUAAUAUUGUUUUGAGACCUUUGAAUUCAGAGCCACCCCUUACAGAUCUUCAAAGGGCUGAAGAAUUGAUUAAACAAGAAAUGAUUACAAUGCUUCAUUAUGAUGCUGUCCGUAGCCCUUUACCACCAGAAGUCGCUACACUUACUCAAAGUGGUCCCAAAAAACAGCCAAUCCUAACUGAAACUCAGCAUUUAGCUUAUUUACAGGCCCACCCGUACCAACAAUUCACUGAAGAAGAAAUGGAAAAUGCGAAACAAGUUUUGAUAAAAGAAAUGGAAAUUGUUAAACAAGGUAUGAACCAUGGAGAAUUAUCAUUAGACUCGUUUACUCAAGUGUGGGGUGAAUGUUUGGGCCAAGUACUCUUUCUGCCCAAUCAAAAUCGUUACACAAGAGCAAAUUUAGCUAGUAAAAAAGAUAGGAUUGAAUCGCUUGAAAAGAAACUGGAACAGAAUAGAGGCCAUAUGACUAAAGAAGCUAAAAAAGCUGGAAAAAUGGAAAAGAAAAUUAAAAUUAUUCUCGGGGGAUAUCAAACUCGUUCUCAAGGUCUUAUCAAACAAUUCAUAACCAGCGUGGAUGAGAUUGAACAAGGACAUUUAGAAUUAUCAACUUUCCAGUUUUUGCAACGACAGGAGGAAUCUGCUAUACCAAAACGACUACAGUCAUUAACUGAUGAUGUAGACCGUCAAAAAGAACGAGAGAAAAUUCUACAACAAAAAUUCUUGGACCUUGAAACACGAUGGAAAGAACUACAAAUUGGAAAUGAUUGA